GCCGCGCGAGCCGAGCUCGGCGAGGCCGCGCCGAAGCUCCGGCGCGCCGAGCAGGGGCGAGGACCCGUCGCCCUCAGCGUCGGCCUCGGUGGCGGCGGGGCGCCCCCCGACGGCUUUGCCGACACGCCGCCGGACAGCCCGAAGCCCUCGCGCAGGGACGACCCGGCCGGGGACGGCAAGGGCGGUGGGCCGUGGGCGCCCGACCGCAUCGCGUCGUACACGGGGAAGAUGCCCGAGCACUUCUCGCUGCUCACGGCCCUCUUCGGCGAGUGCAGCAAGGACACCUGCGGGGCGUGGGACCAGCCGUGCACGCUCGGGCUCAUCCUCUCCAGCCUCCUCAUGGCCUGGACGUUCAAGAACCUGAAGGUGAUCUCGGACGUGUAUUUUGUGCCCUCCACGAUCGCCCUGGCCAGGGUCCUCGGCAUGCCCUCCGACGUCGCAGGCGCCACGCUGCUCGCGUUCGGCUCCAGCGCCCCGGAGUUCUGCACCAACGUGGUGGCCACCUUCUUCUCGGGCAGUGCCACGGGGGGUCGCCAGCAGCCAUCCACAACGUGCUGCUGGUCGUUGGUGUCUCUGGCAUAUUCGCCCUGCGCUCGCUGA